GAGAACAGCAGCGGCAGCACCGGGAAGCACCUCCGUACGGGACAGAGACGGACCAGACGCAGAGGAACUAAGGGAAUAACACGCAGCAACAAAUGGGAGGAUGGAAUAAAAUAGCGGGCAUUUUAUUGCCUCUGAUUUUCCCGCCUCUUCUCACUUUGGUUUGGAGCACCUCACAAGCAGAUCACCAGUGAAAACACAUACAUAUGAUAUAUAUAUAAAACUCCUAUACAUAUAUAUCAAAUUAUGCCUGUUUUCAGAGAAGCUGCAGCUGGACAAGGACUGAGCAGAGCAGGGUGACUAUAUGGCGUCAGAAUUGGGGGAAUUAUUUGCAGCAAUUUUCCACAAGACUGUUGCUUGCAUUCUUUUUGGGUGAUUUUUGGAGAAAGGGGGAGAGAAAAAUUGAAACAAAUGCCAAGCAAAGAGCUUCCUGCUGCAGUCCUGUACUUCCAAAGGGAGCUUCUUUUGAAAACAGGAUUGUCUUUUUGAUCUGCCCACGGCGCAGAUUGGAGGUGGAACAUCCACCGGUCGUCCGAGUGAGAAAUUAUUCCAGGUGCAGGAGCGCGGUCCACAGGUACUUCAGAGAAAAGCCGCUCGGACAAACAGAGGGGAGGUAAGUGGUGGGAGAGCAGAGUGUGUAGAUUAACCAGCAACAUCUGAGAAGAGCAGAGAAGAAACUGCAGGAUCCAACAUUCUCCAGUGAUUCCAGCAGCGGCAGCAGCAGCAGCAGCGUUGAGUGGUGACUCUUGGGGAAUUAGGAUCCUUGAUCACAACAUCAGCCCUCCCCUUGAUCCUCCUCUUCCCUCUCCUCCGAGCUUUAGCACUUGUAGAACAGGACAGAGGAGGCUGACACAGGGUUCCGAGCCGCUGUCUUGGGUCGGAGUAGAUAUCCGGGAACAGGAGGAGCAUCUGGACUUACAGCAGCAAGAGCUUGACAAACACUGAGAGCUAUCGGACUCCUCUUGUUUUGCCUAAAAGCUUCUGACAGUGACAGAGCUCUGUCACCAGGGGGAUUGGAGCUGAUUGUGAACGUGUGUGUGAGAGCGCGUGUGUGUGACGACGACACUCCACACCAGGGACUAUUUUGGACCACGGACAAGAGCCUGGAGUGAUGUGAAAAAUUAACAGCAGCUUCCCCCCCAACUGCUGGGUGUUCCAUCUGCAACCUAGGCUCUCAUGAUUAAAUCUGACUGAGGAGACUGGGAGGAAGUAGCCACAGGAAGUUUGCUGUGAGAAGAUGCUCACCACUAAAAUAAAAAAAGACAUCUUCAAAGCGUGAAGAUGCAAGUUAAACGUCAAGUGGAGCAGUUGCAGUGGACCUGUGGAAACCCGAUGACAAACACCAGACCAAGUUUGGAAGUGUCCUGCGACUGUUAAAGACUUCUCUCGCAGGGAUUAUUCCUCAGAUCAGUGCUUGUGCGUGAGAUGCCUGAGGCAAGUUCACUUGUAGGUAACAAGACUUCCUAAACUGGAUCUUCUCCAAGACUCUGGAUUUGUCCACAACAACCUCAGCAGUCGUCUGAUCUAACAAUAGAAGGGUCUUCUGUCACACCAGCUCUGCAGAAGCAAGAAUGGCGUCCUACAUUCACCCGGUUCUGGUCAGCUUCAUGCUAGCCGUUCUGCUGGGUUGGACCUCUCUUGGGGGGCUGAAUUCUCGGCCAUUAGGUCAGGCCGUGGCCCAAGUCUCGGCCAACAACCAGACAACAGAACCAUCGGUGCUGCCAGAGGCAGCACUGGCGACACCUACACCAAGCUCAGAUGACACCCCUGGUAUUGGCAACCGGUGUUGGGGUUACUACGACGUCAUGGGCCAGUGGGACCCACCUUUUAACUGCAACGCCGGCAUCUACAUGUUCUGCUGUGGCUCUUGCUUCUACCGCUUCUGCUGCCAGUUCAAAGUUCACAGCUUGGACCAGACAUCUUGUUCCAACUACGACACGCCGGUUUGGGCCAACACAGGACGGCCAGUAGCUCCAGUCACAGAGGUCCACCAGGAACCAGACAGGGAUCGGACCCAUAUGAUUGUGUAUAUUAUCUGUGGAGUGGUGGCUAUCAUGGUGCUGGUCGGGAUUUUCACCAAACUCGGACUGGAGAAGAGUCAAGGAGGACAAACGGACAUGACCAACUCCAGGACUCUGACGGAGCUGCUGAAGCAACCAGGUGAGGCUGGCGCCGUGGAUGGAACCGGAGGGCAUCACCCGAUAGGAACCAAUGGAAUAUCUGCAAGGGCAUUACGCUCCAACAACGAUCACAACCAUCUGAACAACGCAGCUCUGCCUCCCCUGGGGCCCGCCAUGGCCUUGUCUCACCCUCAUAACAAUCUGGGAAUCGGCUUCAAUAAGUACACCUCACUCAAGGCCGUGGACACCGUCCCAAGGGACUACUACAAGAGCUACCCGAUGGUUGACUACACCCACCGCCAGUCUCCUCCUACUUUCCAGCCAAUCAACUUCCACCCGAAGGACAAGCCUUUCCUCCCACCGCCAGAUGUCCACGCUCCGCUCGCCAUCACCAUCAACUCCUCCAUGAUCCCCAAGCCCAAGAUCUCCAAAACCAACACCCACCCACUCACCUCCAGCUCAGCGUUCAAAGUUUGGGACCCCAGUAAGAGCCACGUACAGCAGCAUCCGGCGGCGUUGCACAUGGGCCUUCAGGUGCAGCAGCAGCAGCAGCAGCAGCACCAUCCGCUCCAGCAACAGCAACACCAGCCGCUGCACCAGCCAAACAGCCGGCGCCAGGCCUACUCCAACAAGCGGCAAUUCAGCAUCGAGACACUGCCGGAGCUCUUCUCCCAACCACUGGGCUACGGUCACUCCCCGCGGAUGCACCCGAAGCACAAAGGACUCCCCACAAACAGCAAGACGGAGGUCACUGUCUGAACAUGAACCACACCAAGCAGCUCUAAUAUCUUUCUACUCACCACUGUAUGAGCAGGGGAUGCAAUUAUAUAUCUAAAUUCAUCAUCAGCGUUCUUGGUGACAAUGCAAGAGACCAUUGCAUACUUUCUAGACAGUGGGCCACGGCAUACACCACACUGGGAAUGCGGUGGACACAGUUGUGACUCUUUCAACCAGGUCACUGCUAAAUAAUUGAGUGGCCUCUCUGUGUGUUGGCACAGCUCUUCCUCCUGUUCCUCCGACCUGCUCGCACCUUUGUAGCACGCCCCACCCCUCCUCGCACAAAUAUUUAAAAUCCAAUAUUUAACUUCUGCAGCGGAGACACAACCCAUCCAGGGCUGUCAGAGGGGUAUGUGGGGCAGCAUUUCCCAUAAGACUCUGGCAGUCCAUCAUCAGAGACAAUGCUGUGGUGUUGUCAGCUCUCGUCGCACCUCGGCCCUCCAGAGAGGGAGAUCUCUGGCUUGCCUGGAGGAAGGCAGGGGAGUGAGUCAUCUCACUCUAUUGGCAAAUGAGUUAAAUGAGAUCUGAGCCGUGUGGACAAACACACGCUUGUCAAAAACCACAGAGUGUUUUCCAGCAGCAUUAAAGUUACCAGGCAGCACCCAUCACUGACUCGCACACACUUAAGGUCUCUUCACACACAUGCUCCUCAAACAGCGAGGAGCUGAAUAACCCAACUCGCUUGCUGUAUGCUAGAUAUGUGAAGCUGUUUGUGGAGCUGCUAAUUCCAGUCAGACCUUGCUGUAAAUGUAAAUCUCUGCCUGUAAAGGUUGUCACGAAAGUACCGGCACUUUCAGUGGCUUAAACUGAUAUUUCAACCACAGAUGGUUAUCUGAUUCUGUUUUUGUCAGCCUGCCGUAGUGCUCUCUAGCAAGGCUUGUAGCCGUAGUGCAGCUCAGACAUGAACGCCCCAGGACACAGAAGACGUUUAGAGUUUGGGGUCUACAUCAAAUCGUUCCAACAUCUGUAACUAUCAUCGCAUUCGCUAUGAUAUGAUUUCAUUAGCCUCACAUGUGGCCCGAGCUCACGUUCCAGCUAUUGUAUGUUCUGUUGGACUCCACGACAGAGAGGCGAAUUCUGGAAGCAGAAGAAACUCCUGACAUUAGACAUUAUUUUAGAAUGUAUUUGAAGGGUUGUCAGGCAAAAACCUUUCGAUGAUCGUUGCCUAUGAAGACCCAGUUUUCAUACUCUGAACUCCUUAUAGAUUAUUAGAAGUACUACAUGCGCUAAAGUUGGUGCGCCAUGUGGUUGCUACACUUUCAAGUGGGCUUUUCCCAGGGUGAACGUGUUCUCGUACCCCGCCUCAGUGGAGGAAUUACCUUCCGGUAAAAACGUAGAAUUAAGACUGAUGUGCAUUGACCGUUUGUACAGUUCCACAGUUACUGUGAUAAAUUGCAACAUAUCUUUGGUAUCUCACCAUAAAACAAAAAAAAAAGAUGAGUUAUUUACUAAAUAUAUUCCAUUAAACAUAGAGAUAGUCAAGAAGUCCUGUUUGGUUUCAAAAGUGGGCGCCUUGUUUUGUCAACAUUUACAUUGAACCUCCUUCAUUUGUCUUGGUCAGGACCGCCGCAGUGCACUUGCCUGCCUCAUGAUUCUCCUCAUCGUAGGACCGAGUCAAACUGCACGUUUAACAAAGUCACACUCUCUUCUUUGUGCCCCUCCCUCCACCUCCCGGAGAGCUGAAUCCCCUGCACCACAAAUGAUCCCACCUUCUGCGCAUGGUGGCCCGAGCUGGUGUAAAGUAUGUGGUUCUUCCAUGCAUGUGUGUCGAUAGAAUUGAUGACGGAGUCUGUCACUGCAUGAGGGAAUCUAGACUUACGCUCAGGAUCCAGAGGUUUACUGAGGUCACACUUGGAAGAACCAGCUGAUUGUCUCAGGGCAAAUUUAGAAACUCUCACUAAAGCUAUUGAGCCAGAUAGCUGUUGUCAAGGACACGUCACGGAACAUUUUUGGUGCAUAAAUGGCACCUGCUUAUAAGCAUUUAUACACUCUACACUCUAGCGUAGUAACUUUGGCUUUUUUAGGGUCUUGGUCUCGAAUGCAUUUUUACACUGUCUUGGCCACCGACUGGGCGGAUUCAACGUUUCCAUUCAAGACCAGUCGAGACCGACAGAGAAAACAAGAGCUGCUUUCCCAGGUCACACACUUGAUAACGCCCCAUCUGGACAUUGGAUGAAGAUGACAGUCUGGUGCUGCUUGUUUCAGCAGAUGCCAGAUUGGUUCACCUUUAUGAGCUUGUUUCAUUGGAACAAAAACCUGCACCUACUGUGGCUCAUUUGUGGAUGAGUUUGAGCUUAUAAACAGUCUUGGUCUUGUCUGGGUCUUGACACUCUCCAGUCUCGAUGAUGUGGUCUUGACUACGACACUACUCUUCAGUCUAUUCUUUUCCCAAAAAGUAUCAAAAAGAAGCUACGCAAAAAGGUAACUGAUCACAAGCUAUAUUUCUCUUAGUGUCGCUUUUCUGUCAAGCAGCAAUGAGCAUGAGUGAGUAAACCAAAAGGAAAAAGAGGCCAGAGUUGACAACAUAAUAACGGCAAAAGGUCUGAUUUUCCAGAAGCAGCUCACAUUGAAAUCUGCGGACGUCCAUCAUGCCGAUCAACUGAGAGACCUUAAUCCACGCAAGCAAACAAAACUACGGACGGAAUCACACUUCAGUGUGGCAGGCAAUAUGAGCGAUCAACACUGUGAUGGCGUCUCCAUUUUUCCUCCCCAAGAUGUGAAGAACCUGUUAGCCAGGCUGUUUGAAGCAGUGUUCAGAGCUGCCGAGGCGCUUUUAUGAUCAGAGAUCAGCUGAGAGCGAGGAUCAUGAAUACAAAAGCAUCAAUUGGAUGUGCCUGGUGUGAGAAUGCAUCAAACGCCUCCAUUGUGAGGCUCUUGCCGCCGAUGCACAGUGUGUUGUGUACUGAUGUGCCGUGCUUCUCUCUCUCAUGUCUCUGACUUUUAUUCCCAAGAGGCAGCACGGUUUUAGUGGGUCACUACAGAUAAAAUGUGAAAAGCAUUUUGGCCUCCAAAAGCCCUUCCCUGAAAUUCUGUGGGGUCUGUCCUUAAUCACUCGGAAAGUAUUAGACGUCAGGAACAAACCAGGAGUGACAGCCAGUAAACAGGCGACACAAGUUAGUCCAGCAAUAAGCACUCAUCUCUACUCACCCCGACCUUGUCGAGCUUGUCGCCCUCUGGAGUCCCCCAAGUUCAGAGGUGUUGGCUGUUCAUGGUGAUGGAAGAGUGGGACACAUGAGGACGGUUUCAGAGAUAAGAAGGAGGGGCCACUCAAAAAGGGCUGGUUAGGUAAAGUAAAGUUUUCAAAGUGCAUAAAAAGUGGGUUUGAUCUUUACACAAAGUUGAUCAAUUAUGAGCUACACACUGAUUAUCAAGCCGCCAUUUAUAAAUCUGUGAUGUUAGUCGGGUAAAAUCAACAAAUCUCAAACGGUCCUGUUGUGCCGUCCCAUGCAUGGCUUGUGGAAAUGUAUCUAAUGUAUCUAUUUUGUUUCUGUAGUGAAAUGCUGAGUGUGCCUGCACAAGCCAUUUUUUUUUCCAUGAUACUGUUCUGUCACACAACAGUGAGUGAUGUGUGGUCCAGAGUCACAUUAUUGAGAUGACCAAAACUCGGGAGGUGUCUCCAGGAUGUGCAUUGACUCAGACCUUUUGGAUGAACAACAAAGGCAAAAAGACCUGAUGUUAAGAAAGCACUGUGGCAGGGUUUAGGGCGUCAUCGGCCAUUGUGGAAGGACACUGGAAAACAGGAACGAGUCAAACAAAAGGUGGGACACUUCGACAGCUGUACUCACACACACACACACACACACACACACACACACACACACACCGCACGAAUGACACGGGAGUCCUAACAUUAUAUAUAUCUUCCAUACACGUUCCACCACUCGGACAAACAGGACCAAAAGCCUUGAAUCAGAAGAAACUGAGUACACCUACCUGAUGUGUUGGCCGUCCAAAACUGUGAGAAUGCCCUGUCAGUUUUGGACCAUCAGCUUAGCGUGCGUCUACUCAAUCUCUUCUGAUCAGUGACAGACUAUGGCGUCACUCGCUCUUCCCAGAGCUCAUUGACUGUUCUUUGUCAAACUUCCUCUCUAUUCAAGAAACAAUGCAAGUAUUCUACCGAAGGUUAUCUGAAUGCAACCUGGUAGACAUAGUUGCUCUCCACGAUCCCUAGCAAUAUACGAUGUUAUGUUGUAUUGUUCGAUUGAUUCUCGUUUCAAUGUCUCUCUAGAGUUUUGUAUUGUACUUUACUUUCAUUUAAAAUCAUUCAUCAAACAGAACAAAAAAAAAAACAAAAAGAAAAAAACAUCAUCUGACCAAUGGAAAGUGAAGUGCUUCCAGAUUUUAGGCUGCACGCCCUUCGACCCCCACCUCAGACCUGCCCCCAAUACUACCAGAGGAUGUCAUAUUUUCUAAAACUCAGUUACAUUGUACAAUAAACAUGCACUCAUGUUAUUACUGUGAACAUAUUUGCAUUGUAUUCAAGUGCUUUGCCAACACAUUAACAAAAUAUUUAAAAAGAAGUCAUUAUUGUACAGCUUUCGGAAAUGCAAAAUGAUGAAGAAAAAACGUAUUGUUUCACGAUUAUUUGGUAGCACUAGGCUGUCUUUGAUCGCUAUAUACUACUUGUGUAUAUAUGUAUGCUGUACCACUCGUCCGCUGUGAAAGUUGUUGACUACUCAGUUUAUAUAAGGGCUUUUUCUAGAUAUUAAAGCAGACUGGGUGAUCAUUCUCUGCAACUGAAGAAUAACCUACGAGUUUUUUAAGAGGUGAUGAGUAUGGACAGGAUUUUCAUGCACACUAAAGUCCGGUAGAAAUAAAAAAUAGACUGAUGUAAGACAGAAGUGAAAAAUAAAUUCGCCCAUGUGUCCUGUUUGAAUAAAACUUUCAAUACA